AUGAACCCUGAAGAUAUUCCAAAGGCGCCACUAGUGGGCCGGCCGUUGCUUGUUUUCACCUCUUUCUUUGUUAGCAUAUCUGUAUUCUUGAUGGGAUAUGACCAAGGUUAUUUCUCAUCUAUCUUAACUAACGAACACUUCAAGAAUUAUUUCGAGGACCCUAAUGCUGUGCAAAUAGGAACGGUAGUGGCAGUUUUGGAGAUCGGUGCUCUUAUCACUUCUCUUACUUUGGGAUAUGUGGCUGACAGAUUUGGAAGAAGAAAGACAACCCAAUUAGGUUGCGUACUCUUCUGUUUUGGAGGUGUGGUGCAAACUGCAUCCACCUCAUUCCAUCAUUUAGGAAUAGGCCGAUUUAUCAGUGGUUUAGGAGUGGGAUAUCUCAGUGGAACAGCUCCUACAUAUAUGUCAGAAAUUGCUAGUUCGGAUAUGAGAGGAUUACUCGGUUCAGCGCAAUUUACCGGUAACGUUUUUGGAUACUCGACUUCGAUCUGGAUUGAUUAUGCCUGCAGUUACUUGGACAGCAACUAUUCCUUUCGAAUUCCUUUAGGAAUUCAAGUUUGUUUUGGCUUAAUCUUAUUCUUUGGCACCUUUGUCCUUGUUGAAAGCCCCCGUUGGUUACUAGAGCACGACCACGAUACAGAGGGGCUUAUCGUACUAGCCGAUCUAUUUGCCGAGGGCCAGGUCCAUGACACUCUUGCUGUUGAGUCCUACAAAUCUAUCAAGGAGUCGGUUCUUAUUGGAAGAUUAGAGGGAGAAUUGAGUUAUAUCGAAGCCAUUAAAAGAUAUCCUAAACGAAUCUUCAUUGGUUGUAGUGCACAGCUGUUUGCGCAGUUCAAUGGAAUCAAUGUAAUUUCAUACUAUGCACCUCUUGUGUUUGAAGAAGCUGGAUGGACAGGACGAGGUGCCAUUUUAAUGACUGGCUUCAACUCUAUUCUCUACCUUUUUUCAACUCUAAUUCCUUGGAGACUCUCAGAAACUUGGGGCCGUAAGCCCUUGCUUAUAAUGGGAGGCCUUGGUAUGGGUGCAGCUUUGAUUAUGGUGGCCAUCUUUACAAGCCUGAAAUAUUCUGUGUUGGUUGUCAUAGGUGUAAUGUGGUUCAAUACUAGCUUUGGCACUAGUUGGGGUCCCAUAGGUUGGCUUAUAGGACCCGAAGUACUUCCAAAUAAGGCUAGGGCCUCUGGUGCGGCAUUAGCGACAUCUACAAACUGGUUUUGCAACUUUGUGGUGGGUGAAAUGGCUCCUAUAUUAUUAGAGCUUAUUAGUUGGAGACUUUACUUAAUUCAUGCAGCAUGCUGCUUCAUAAGCGCUAUAACAGUGUGGAAAAUGUACCCAGAGACAAAAGGAUUGUCUUUAGAAGAUAUGGAUUCAAUAUUUGAUGAUGCAUCGUCAUAUUCCUCAUCUGUUACAUCUUCAACGAGUAGAAUUUCUCAUACAAUCAAUGAUAUUGAGUCACUUGGAUCUCGACACAACAGAGCACAUAUGGCUCGAUCUCAACCACAGACCCAAUCAGGAACCUACAAUGAACGUUCUCCAGUGUUAGAUUCAAGAACAUCAAGUUUUAUGACUAUGCCGCUUCCACAAGGUUCUGGAGUGAUUUCAAGCUCUGCUCCUUUCAUUCUUCCACAAGAUAUAGAACCUCCUGAUUUAGAAGCAGUUUACAAGUAUAAAACCGAUGAUAGCCGAUCGAUCAGAGGCUCACUGAGACGAGGUUCAGAAGCCGUUUCUUCAAUAUUCAAAUUUGGGAAAAAGAAAGAUCCACCUAAUGAUGGGGUUACCACAGACGACGACGUUUCAGAAAGAUUUAUUAGCUGA